UGAUUGGUGGAAUGCCGCACGACUACGUCGGCGCCUUCCAGCGGGGCCACGUGAAAUGGCACAACAAGUGGACUGCGCUACAUGCUGAGUUCUGCGCGUGAGGACGCUACUGCAGGCGCUACGGCUGCGCCCCGUGUUGCGUAUCUUAAUUCGCAUUGAACCAAAUUAGAAAGUCGUGUUAAAAGCAAAUCAGUUCAAAAUGCAACAAUGCGUUAAAAUCAAAAACAGUUACUUGUUGCGCUUUUUUUGUUUACGGUAGCUCACGGUUAGCAAGACUGAGCAUGAGAGAAUGUUAGUAGGUUUUCAGAUGCGUAACCUUCAGUGGUUCACUACCCUGCUUCCCGACUGUUCGUCUACUCUAGCUAACAUUUCGGAUUUAUUUUUAUGAAUCUGCUUCAUGACCUGUUUAUGCAUUCAGGAUCAAAAAUGGAAACGCCCCCUUUGCCGGUAGCUCCUCCCUCUGUGCGCCGCUCACGUGGAUGUGCUGGUUUGGGAAAGGCCCGUCCUCCCCUGUUACUUUCCUGUGAUUGGCUGAAGCGCGACCCCUGUGUGACACCCCUCCCGCUUGGGUAGGAUUACAUGGAAUCCCGCAUGAUCAGCGGAGAAAUGAAAAUGUCACUCAGCGUAUGGGCGGAUUCCUCAGGUGGGGUUCUUCCAUCGGAGUUGGGGGAUACGCGAACAAAUUGCAAAAGUUGCAGGUACAGUGGAUUAUUGCUUCAACCUUAAACCCCGUGGUGCUGCUUCGUGGACACGGCGGCGUGACUCGGAUCUGGAGAUGACACCGCCUAAGGAAUCUCGGGGACCGGGCAACUAGCUUGUAAUCCGGGGCUAUGCUAAACUGAAAAGUUUCAUUUCUUAGCCUUGCUUUAGCAAGGAAGGAGGAUUUUAAAAGGCUUUUAAUCUGUUCCUUACCAGGGUCCAUCAUGCCCAAGGAGCAGCUCUGUUUGGGAGAGCGAGUGCCCCGGGGAGCCAGCAAAAAUGCCAAGGACAAAAGCAACAGCGCCGCCCUGCUGGCAUCCCGAGGGAGAGCAGACGUGAAUGGGGGCUCUGGUGGGCAGGGCUCAUACUGCAGUUCAGAGAAGGACUCUGGCUAUUCUGACACCGGCUCAGACUCGCUGCAGACGGAUGUGGAGGACCUGCGCAGUGGGACGCGGAAGCACUGGUGCAGUGCCGUCCGGGGUGCGGCUCUUCACAGCACCAGAAAGCCCAUCUCAGCUGCCGCUGACUUCCGGGAACUGACCCCCAUCUACAUCCUCAAGAAUGUGGUUCUUAAACAGCCCCUCACUGUGCCACCUAGUCCUGAUCAGCUCCUGCAUCCCCAGCUUGCCUGGGGGGGUGCGGGGCAUAGUGGCCAGGCCCCGACACAGCUCCUGCUCAUCCAGCAGCCGGGAGUUACUGCCUCUACCCCCUUGCAGCUGCUGAAGACACAGCCCUCCAAGGGAGGUGGUGGUGGUAGCAAGAUUAACAAGGGCUCUUACCUGCCUAUAUUAAAUUCCUACCCUCGCAUUGCCCCUCAUCCGAUCAAGAAAAUCCCAGAGCAGGACAAGGGGGGCAGUAAAGGCAGCACUGAGGGUCACAGUCUGAGCAAGCGGGUGCGUGUGGAGGACCGAAGGGAGCUCGUGUCCAUCCCCUCGCAGAUCCUCAGGCAGCACAAUCACCCUCAGCAGGAGAGCAAGCCUCUGCCUACCCCCCACCUCCACCCACGUGCCCCGGGCAGCAGUGGUGCCACAGCCCGUGCCCAGCAAUGCAUGCCCUCUCCCCACCACAGUCACCCACCACCCCUCAGUCCAGCACCCCCCUCGCCCAUAUCCCUGGAAGUCCCCGUCCCCCAGCAACCCCCCAGGCUGACCUGUAAGCACAAUCCGGCCCGGCACCAUCGUUUCCUCAACACCGUGGAGAUCCUGAGCCAGUCAGGGUUGCUGGACAUCACCAUGCGCACACAGGAGCUGCUGCGGCAGAGCGCGGCCACCGAGCGCGACAUCGCCCAGCUCCGGUACCACACCCAGCUGCUGUGCCAGGCCGCGCAUGAGGGGCCCGGCGCCUACGGUACCUGGGAGAAGCUCUGCAGGGCCAUGGUCGAGUCCGGCUGGUAUCCGGCCCUCGGUGGCUGCGACCCGAGCAUCUUCGGCACUGCCCUCGGUCAGAUUUCCCCUGCCGGGAAGGUGGAUGAGAGCAGGCAGAGUGACACGGUCGGCUCCGUUGGCAGAAGCAGCCUCGGCGAGGAAGCAUACCCGCCCUCCCCUCUUCUGGCCCCCUCUCCUGACUCGGCACAGCACAGUCCCUCCUCUCCCCCUCCUCAGCAAACGACAAACAAGGGUGGCGUCGAGCCUCCUGACAGCUCCACCCACAGUGGCCUGCCCUAGUCGAUUUGGGUUCCUCCAAGUGAAUCUGCUAGGUCUACAUCUUGGAGCUUCUGACUAGGGUGCCACACUAACUGUACCUCUCCUUCGCUUUCAGUUAUGAUUCUUUCCCUUGUUUAGUAAUAUUCGGUUUGGCUGUGUUGUUUUGUAGCAGUAUAUAUGACCACUGAUGUUUGUAUUCCUUGGUAGCCAAGUGUUUGUUGUCAUGGUUAUAACAGUGAGCUGUACUAUUAUUAUCUAGAUGCAGUUAUGUUUAUCUCAGAUCUCCAUUAAUGUAUCAUCCUGAAAUGGAAUUACUUCCCCUUUGAUAUUAGACACCAUACAGAGAUUUUGUUCAGUAUGAAAAGCUGGACAAAUUGUGCACUCCUGCUUUAUUCCUUUAAUAAAGGUAAUAUUAUAAAA